AAGCCCUCAUUUCCGCCUCAUAAAGACAGUACAGACACCCAAAUCUAAAACCCUAAUUAAACCCUAUGCACUAAGAAACCCUCACCAACAAUAAAAACCAUUGCUUUCUCAUCUCUAUCUCUCUCUAAACACUUUCUGUUGUUGAGAUCCACCGAUGGCCACCGCUGCUUUAAUCCGAACUUUGCGACGCCGUGAUGUCGCCUCCGCUCCUUUCUCUGCUUACAAAUGUUUGACUGGCAAUGUGAAACCAUCAUGGACCCCUUCUAAUCUUGGUCAUAAUUGGGGAAGUUUGUCAAGAGCUUUCAGCUCAAAACCCGCUGGAAAUGAUGUUAUUGGUAUUGAUUUGGGUACCACCAACUCAUGUGUUGCUGUUAUGGAGGGGAAAAAUCCCAAAGUCAUUGAAAACUCUGAAGGAUCUAGAACCACCCCUUCUGUGGUUGCCUUCAAUCAGAAAGGAGAGCUUCUUGUUGGUACUCCAGCAAAACGUCAAGCUGUGACCAAUCCAACCAAUACAGUUUUUGGAACUAAGCGUCUAAUUGGUAGGAAGUUUGAUGAUCCUCAAACCCAAAAAGAGAUGAAAAUGGUUCCAUAUAAGAUAGUAAGGGCUUCAAAUGGAGAUGCAUGGGUUGAGGCCAAUGGGCAGCAGUAUUCCCCUAGUCAGAUUGGUGCAUUCGUCUUGACCAAGAUGAAAGAAACUUCAGAGGCUUAUCUUGGAAAGACAGUCACAAAGGCUGUUAUCACUGUACCUGCCUAUUUCAAUGAUGCUCAAAGACAAGCCACAAAGGAUGCUGGGAGAAUUGCUGGCCUUGAUGUGCAGAGAAUCAUCAAUGAGCCCACUGCUGCUGCACUAUCCUAUGGUAUGAACAACAAGGAGGGGCUGAUAGCAGUUUUUGAUCUUGGAGGGGGAACAUUUGAUGUUUCAAUUUUGGAGAUCUCCAAUGGUGUUUUUGAGGUGAAAGCAACAAAUGGUGACACAUUCUUGGGAGGAGAGGACUUUGAUAAUGCUCUGCUGGAGUACCUGGUUAGUGAAUUCAAGAGAACUGAAGCCAUUGAUCUUACAAAGGAUAGGCUGGCAUUGCAGAGGCUUCGUGAAGCGGCAGAGAAGGCUAAGAUAGAGCUGUCGUCAACAGCUCAGACUGAAAUCAAUUUACCAUUUAUCACAGCUGAUGCAUCUGGUGCAAAGCAUCUGAACAUUACUCUAACUAGAUCUAAAUUUGAAAGCUUGGUAAAUCACUUGAUUGAGAGAACCAGGGCACCAUGCAAGAACUGUCUCAAGGAUGCUGGCAUAUCGACCAAGGAUGUUGAUGAGGUUCUCCUUGUUGGAGGAAUGACCCGUGUUCCCAAGGUUCAAGAGAUAGUUUCAGAGAUCUUUGGGAAGAGUCCAAGCAAAGGAGUAAACCCUGACGAGGCUGUUGCUAUGGGAGCUGCAAUCCAGGGCGGCAUUCUUCGUGGGGAUGUUAAGGAGUUGCUCCUUCUGGAUGUCACUCCUCUUUCACUUGGUAUUGAGACUCUUGGUGGGAUAUUCACAAGGCUGAUCAACAGAAAUACAACAAUUCCUACUAAGAAAAGUCAGGUCUUCUCUACAGCAGCUGAUAAUCAGACCCAGGUUGGUAUUAAAGUGCUCCAAGGUGAGCGUGAAAUGGCAUCUGACAACAAGCUUUUGGGAGAGUUCGAAUUGGUGGGUAUUCCACCAGCACCAAGGGGCAUGCCUCAGAUUGAGGUGACAUUCGAUAUUGAUGCCAAUGGUAUAGUCACUGUUUCUGCUAAGGACAAAUCCACUGGAAAAGAGCAACAGAUCACCAUCAGAUCAUCUGGAGGUCUCUCAGAAGAUGAGAUUGACAAGAUGGUUAAGGAGGCUGAGCUAUUUGCCCAGAAAGAUCAGGAGAGAAAAGCUUUGAUCGACAUCAAGAACAGUGCAGACACCACUAUCUACAGUAUUGAGAAGAGUCUGAACGAAUAUAGGGAGAAGAUUCCUGCUGAAACUGCUAAGGAGAUCGAGGAUUCCCUUGCAGACUUGAGAACGGCAAUGGCGGGAGAGAAUGCUGAUGAGAUCAAAUCCAAACUUGAUGCUGCAAACAAGGCAGUGUCAAAGAUUGGUGAGCACAUGUCUAAGGGCAGUGGUGGUGAAUCUGGAGGUGCAUCUGGAGGUUCCCAGGGCGGAGAGCAGACUCCUGAAGCAGAGUACGAGGAGGUGAAGAAAUGAGCGGGAGCAGUUCUAUUAGUUCCAUUUGAAUUGCCUUAAACCACAUCUGAAGAUGGAUCUUCUAAAUUUUAUUCUCUUUAGGAUUACAUGGUUUCUAGCGGUUUUGUAUCUAAAACAGUGGAGGAUGAAUGUAUUAGGGAGUCAUUUCUUUUUUUGUUCCUCUAAAAACUUGCAUAUGGAGGGUGAGCCCCAUUUUAGUAUAUUAAUAACCAAAAUUUUCUGAUU